GUCCAUCUCAUCACCAUGUCAGCACAAGAUCCCAACGCCCCACCGCCAGAAGUUGAAGCCACCCUCUCCCGCCUCUCGCAGUAUCGCAACGUCCGCGGCGUCAUGGUCCUCGCCCGCUCCCAUAUCGUCGGCGACACCCCACACCCCUCUCGGCCAGGCGAUGCUGGUAUAGUCCAGACGACGGGUACGGUCUUUGAAGGGGAAGGAGGAGCAAAGUAUGCUGGAGCUGUGGAGAUGAUCGUGCUCAGUACGGGGGCUGCUAUUGCCGAGUGCGAGGAAGGCGACGAACUCAGACUGAUGAGGAUCAGAACGAAGAGACACGAGCUUAUCAUUACUCCCGAUGAAAAGUAUGUCCUUGUGGGUUCUGCAAGACCCGGGGCAAUGAGCGCCUAUCUCCUCACCCCUACUCCACACUCUUCAUGAUACGACCUUCCACGACCUUUACGAUCCACAUGAAUACCAUCCCUGAUAGCAUAGCAACGCACGCAUCCCACAUGCUACGCUAGUCAACGCAAAAUCACAUCCUCCGCUUCUUUCUCGUACCGACUUCGCCUCCAUCGUCGACAGUGUCCGACACCUCUUCAGCCCACCAUUCAUGACGCCUAUCAUUGCACAAGUCCCUCCCAGACAGUCUCUACGU